AUGGAUCGCAUGCAAGUAGCCACGUCCGCACCGACAGACGCGAUAGGCGGGGAGCCAAAUUCCACCCUAGCGGCGACCUCACGUAGACUCACCAUGCGAUCCAUCAACUUCUCGACGUGGGCUGGCAGUUGUUCUAGGCGGCCUUCAGCAAGUAGGUCCAAGUGCCUAUCCACGACGGCCUGGAUCUUGGAGAGGGUAGAGGUGAGGUCCGUGGACGAUGACGACGCCGACGGAGCGCCGACGGAGGGCGCGGCGGUGGACGCUACGGACGGAGCCCUAGAGGGAGUAGGGGACAGUUCAAUCACCAGGUCUUGGACGCUGGGAGGGUGGGUGGAGGUGGAGGCGACGUUGGGUGGCGAAAAGCCUUUUUCUUCGACAUGGCCGCCGCCAGCGUGCGGAGUGUCUCUGGCUUCCGCGACGGCAGGGGCGGAGAGUCCGUCCGCUGGGACGGGCGGGUCGGCGGACAGCAGUUCCCCGUUGUGGUCGAGAGUCUGCCUUCAAGACACGGCGGUUGUCUUCGUUCUUCACGACAUCAAGGCAGAGGGUGGCAUCUUCCGGAGGGACGCCAUCGGGGAUCUCGUCGACGACAAACAAAUCCUGGAUUGUCUCGUGCGUGGACGACGACGACGCCCCGACAGGUCGCCAAGACCCUCAAGAAACGCGCCCGGAAGCGCGGCCUCAAGGCUCACAGCCCCCUCCUCGACGGUCUCCAAGGAGAACAACAAGCAACUUCUCCUCGACGAGGGACUGUGCGGCGUCAAGAAACCAACCCACUGCGGAGAGGUCGUCACAUCGGACGACGAAGAGGAGUUCCACUCCAACUCCACCCAUCCGUUGAAGAAGGCCCGCACGGGCAACAGCGGCAACGACGGGGAUCUCAACGGCGUCCACUCGGCAGGGGGCGCAGCCAGCCAAUCAUGCUCCCAGUCCUCCGUCGACUCCACAGACGACGACGACAACUCCCAGCCGCUCCUCGACCCGUCGGCAAACUCGCCUCGAAGAGAACCCGCCGCGGGCAAUCCAGGCGCGGGGUAA